UACUAUGCAGUUAUGGUGUAGGUUAUGUAGAGGUGCUUAUUGCUGUGUAAAAGUGUAAGUUACCAUCAAAAUCAAUGGUAUCAGAUCAUGGCUGAAGAGUUACUGGUAGUGCUAAAUCGUAGUGAGAAUGCGGGUUUCGGAUUCUCCCUGUUGGGCAAACCGGGUUUGCCUCCGAUCAUCUAUAAUAUUUUGGACGAUUCCCCGGCCGCAGAGAGCGGAGAGGUAGAAGUGGGAGAUGUGAUAUUAAAAGUAAACGAAACAGAUGUGAUGAAAUACAGCACGAGAGAAGUGCUAAAAUGCCUUCGAUUAUCCUCAGAUCCUGUUACGCUUAAAAUUAAACGCGACCCGAAGAUAAAAUCAACGAUUCGCAAACACCUGGUUUCGACCGGCAACUCUGGAUACCAGCAGCUAAACAGUAAUAACAGGCCGGAGCCCGGCGUGCACAGGUCACGCCAUGCUACCAACGGACGCUGCCCCCAAGCCGUGGCAGCGAUUUCCCCUGACCAGGAGCCCCUGUUGGGGUCCUGCGAAAUCGACAGGCUCCAGUGGCAGCCGCUGCAGGUGGAGAGGGACCGGCAGCAGCAGCAGCCCAAAUUCGAGGCAUACAUGAUGACGGGGGAACACAUUUUGAAUAUUUCGAAGGGGGUGCCGCAGUCCACCAGCAUAGUUCCAAAACAACAAAAAAAAAUUGACAACUUGAGAUAUCAUAAUAGUCACGCACACCACCUUCGACACCAAGAGCAGACGCAGCAUAAAUCGGUGCCAAACAGUCCGAACGAGAUGGAAGUGGGACGGGUGGUUCGUACAUCGUCCGACUCCAAUUCCGCCAACACUUCCCCCAUCAGUGCCAACAAGAGAGACCAUCACCAACACUCGCCCCAAGAUCCAUACGUUCCAAACAACUACGUUCGUACCAGCCGGAGCGAGGACCAGCUGCAGCUUCCCAACACCACGGGCGGUGUCAGCGCAGCCAACGCCGAAGCCGACGAGGACAUCACCAGCUCCCUCAACACUCUGCUGGAUACUCGUCCCGAUUCCGCUGCCAGCGACAGCGACAGAAUUGUAUGGACCUACAACGCGCCAGUGUCCGAGCUUCAGAAGUUGGGUCACACGUUAUCUAAUGGCAGCAGCUCAUCGCACAGCAACACGUCAGCGUCGUCGAGCCCAUUGCUCUCGGGCUCACCUAACUCACCCACUUCAGUGUCUUCCUCGGUGAUGUCGAGUCAUUCUGGCUCGCGUCGCUUCCCGUACCCCCUUUCCAAUGGGCCGCACCAGCAACAUCAACACGACUUCAGCGUCUCGGAAGCUAUAUCGAACAUUUCGAGUCCGGACUACCACGACGAUGAUAUUGUCGGUAUCCAGGAUUGCGUCAUGGAGGUCAGCGAUCACAGCGACAGCGACAGUACUCUCUUGGUGUCAGAACCGAGAAACAGACAACGAUACUCCUCGGCGGAUACCGGGUCAGUCUCCGCCAGCGGAGAUCACAGAAUCGUGAUACAGGUGAGGGGGCCUGAGAAAAAACAAUUUCUCGGCGCACAGACUUUAGGCGAUGCGCAUUUGGAAGCCCAACAGUGCGUCGAUGAAGACAAAAGGGACGAGGAGAAGAAAUCUUCUCCGUUAUCUUCCGAAGAUGAGAGCGACGUGGAAAGUUUGCAUAGUUUUCAUUACUCUCCCAAGGCGGUCGACAUGCCAUCCGCCAUUAGGUUGGCAAAGAGACUUUACAGUCUCGAUGGAUUCAAAAAAUCGGACGUGUCCAGACACCUCAGCAAAAACAAUGACUUUAGCAGAGCGGUGGCUGAGGAGUACCUCAAAUAUUUCAAUUUUGAGAACGACACCUUGGAUAUAGCUUUAAGAAAGUUUCUUAAGCAGUUUUCGUUGACGGGCGAAACUCAGGAGCGGGAACGCGUGCUGGUGCACUUCUCCAAAUGGUAUUUGGAUUGCAACCCGGGCUCCUUCAACUCCCAAGAUGCCGUACAUACAUUAACGUGCGCCAUAAUGCUGCUCAAUACCGAUUUGCACGGGCAAAAUAUCGGACGCAAAAUGACCUGCAACGAAUUCAUCGAGAAUCUCGCGGGGCUGAACGAGUGCGAGAACUUUCCGCGUGAGGUGCUCAAACAUUUGUACCACGCCAUCAAGAGUCAACCGCUGGAGUGGGCUUUGGAUGAAGAAACAGAGGACGCGCAUUUGCAGUCUCACGCGAGGACCAACGACUCAAUAAAUAUAACCGGCAAUCCUUUCUUGGACGUUCCCAGUGCGGCAAGUGCCGUGGAAUACAAAAAAGGCUACGUGAUGCGAAAAUGCUGCUACGAGGCGAACGCCAAACGAAGCCUCUGCUGCGUUUUUCUAGCGCCAUUCCACAAGCGUAGCUGGAAAAUGUUUUACUGCACGCUUCGCGAUCUGGUACUUUACCUUCACAAGGACGAGAAUGGAUUCCGAAAAGGCCAAAUGGGCGGCGACAGUUUGCACAACGCCAUACGGGUACACCACGCGCUGGCGACGAAGGCCCAGGACUACACCAAGAAGCAGUACGUGUUUCGGUUGCAGACUGCCGAUCAAGCCGAAUACCUCUUUCAGACAAGUGAUUCGAAGGAGCUACAAUCUUGGAUAGACACGAUCAAUUUUGUGGCAGCCAGCUUCUCUGCACCACCGUUGGAAGCGGCUGUCGGUUCUCAGAAGAAAUUCCAAAGACCGCUUCUGCCCUGCAGUCACACCAAAUUAGACUUGCGCGAACAGUUGGCGGAUCACGAGGAGAGAGUAACGAGACUGGAAAUGAUGCUCGACGAGCACAGGAAGUCUGCGCCGGAGAAGGGCUCCAAAUCCCUCGUCGUACAAAACUACAAGGAAAAAGAAACAUACCUUACAUUCGAGAUCAAACGCUAUCGAACUUAUUCCUAUAUGCUUCGUUCCCGGAUAGCCCAGUACCAAUCUCCAGCGAUCGUCGAGCCAGUGACCAGCAGCCUGGCGGAAAACAGCAUCGGUGAAGCGGACGAGGCGGUCGCGGGCAAUAACGUCACGGUGGUGGAAGGGGGCGGCAUCGUGCCGCCUCCCAUACCGGAACGACGCCCGUCCCCGAUCGUCAAUAGGUACAGUUACAGACAGGCCAUAUACAGUGGGGGUGGUGGAGGCGGGGCCCGGCAGCCCGACGUCGGCUGACGGGCCGGGGGAUUUUUCUGGCAUACAUUUUCCAAAUCACCCGGAUACGGUGUUUCCAGUUAUGAAGAAUUUCUUUUAUUUGUGAAAACGGAACUUCGUAUUGAUUAAUAGCUAUAAAAGUUAUCUGUUAUAAAUAUUUCCAAACGUGUAGGUACUGAUUUAGAAAGGUGCAUUUUUUAAAACCGACGUCGCAUUGUUAUAAAUACUGUGAAAAAUUACAUAAACGCUAAAUGGACGAAGCAAAUAGGCAAUGACGAAAUAUCGAUUACAAUAUGCUCAGACUAUUGGGUGUGGAAUUUUAACCACUAAUUUCCUAAAUAACUUUUCGUCAUUGUCUAAGUUCUUGCUUUUGAUAACUUUAUGGUGGAUUUAUGACGAAGAUAAAUUAUCAGAAUAUAAAUAUUGAUGGAAGGUUUUCUAUUUUUUACCCCAACUAAAAGGAAGUAUUACACCGAAACUGAAUUGACUUCUCAUUUUACAGUUCUUUGCAUUUUCUUCUAUUUCACCCCAAGGUGUACUUUGAUUCAAGGUGGAAGCACAAUCUUUAAAGUAACCAAAACGCAAGCUUGUUAUUAUCAUUUAAACAAUGUUAGCAACAAAUUAAUAGGAUUUUUAAAGACAGCCUACGCGAGUCAGGUUCCUGCCUUAUUUGAUUAUUUUGGCAGUCUAGAUGGAAUGAAUGGAUGGAAUCUUAAAAGUAACAAAAACGCAAACUUGUUUAGACUGAAUUUUAUAAUUAUCAUUCAAACAAUAUUACCAACCAAUUAAUAGGACCUUGGGACAUAGCCUACGCGAGUCAGGUUCCUGCCCUAAUAGAAUGUUUGGCACUCAUCAAAUGUACCUUGAUUAUAGAUGAAAUCUUUAAAGUAAUAAAAAUGCAAACUUAUUCAGACUGAAUGUUAUAAUGAUCAUUUAAACAAGGUUACCAACCAGUUCAAACAACGUGGUUAGGACUUUUGGAGGCAGUGUAGACAAUUUUCUGCCCUAAUAGAAUGUCUUUGCAGUCAUCAUGUGGAAAUUAACAAAUAGCAAACCUAUUCAUUUGCUUUCAAGGCCUAGUUUACAGUUUUUCAUAAAUAAGUAAGAUAGACAUUCUAAACCGUAUAUUCUUGAAGUUAAUUUUUCUCAAAAGUGGCACAUCCAGGCGAUAUUAAUCGAGUGUACUGUAAAAACAAACGACAGAUCAACCUAUUUGAUCUCUACAUAAUUUAGGAAAUAUCUAAGAUUAUGCGACUUGUUGAAAAAUUAGCACUCAUGAAAUAAAUAUUAGACUAACUUGUAAUAUUAGCAAUCGGAUACAAAUAAGACUUGGUUUUAAGAAAUUUUCGUGAUUUGAAAUUAUUUUACUUUGUCUAUUUUUUUUUUGCACAUUCUAUUUAACAAAUAAUAUUUGGUGUGCAAUAAUAACGGACCGUAUAUCAAAUUGAAGCUAAGGUAAAUAGAAAACAUAGUUCUUGAACAAGGCAGUGCUCCAUAUCAUUGUGUUUAACCUGUAGUAAAUUGUCUGUCAGUAUUGCAAUAUAAUUUGCCUGUAAAAAUUCGUGAUCCCCUAGGAAUCCUCAUCCGACGUUCAGUGGAACUUUUAUUGUCAGAACUAAAAGAAAAAAUUCGAGAUGAAAAUUAAUUAUCUCAACCAAACGGAGACAUGGAGGCAAGGUAAAUUGUAAAAUUCCAAUCUUUAAAUCUUUCUAGAUGUAAAAUAAAAUGUUUACUUGCAUUAUUCGUAGUAAAAGUAUUUGCUUAAGUUUAUGAUAUUGUUAUAGCUUGCUCUUUGUCCGAUGGAUUCAAAGCUUGAGUUUGACUUGCAUAUAGAUAUGAUUGCCCCUGUAAAAUGUUAGGUCUUUUUAAAUAUGCAGUCAAUUAUUUGUUUAUUUAAUUCUUUUGUUUUAAAUAAGUUAAAUUUUUCUAGUGUGAUGUGGAAUCCAAAUUUGGUUGACCGGUCGAUAAUUUAUGGAUAGGGCCAAUCCGCAAUAUAAUAUGAUAUAAGUAAUGUAAUAAGGAAAAGUCUCUGGAAUAUAUAGUAUUCGGUUAAGAACUGUAGCUAUACAGAACUAUAGCGUUACAGUUUUGAGAAAAAUAUAUAGGUCACCUUGUGGGAGACAGUUCGUACCUAUUUAUCACAACUUUUCCGAUUCUAUAAAAAAAGUCUAAAAGAGAACACACAAAAAAGUUAUUUCAGUUUUUGUUCCCUGUACCCUCAAAAGUUACGGCUGUGACCAAAAUUUGACAUUUUCACAGGCGGUACACAUAUUCAGCAUGCUAAUAGUUCUCAACCUGUUUCGGAGACAUUGAUAAAAAAAACAUUUUUAUGUGCAAUCGUUUUAGAGAGAAUGUGGCUCCGAUAAGGGGCGUUUCUCGAUAUUUUUUAGAGUGACAUGUGGAUGGGUAAAUCUUGGUUAUUGUAAAUAUCCUGUUUCCACCUAGCUUGUAAAAUUUAGAUCGAACUUCAGGCAUAGGUAAGUUUCAUCUAUUAAGUGGAAAUGUUGGAUAUUGCAAAUUUUCUCCAUAAAAAAGCAGGCAAUAAAGAAAAUGAAAUUUUAUUAAAUAUUCUAACAAAUCCCUUAGUGAGCAAUCGGUAGUAGGACAUGACCGACGCUGUGCGGUACUUCCAAAGUAUCCUUACAUAAUAGAACAGCAUCAAGGAAUUACUACAAAGGGAUUCUGAAAAACGAAUUCAAUUUUGUCAUUCCAUUAAUCAACAUAACAAUUUUUUGUGGUAUGUUGUAUUCCGAUGAGGCGAAUGUACAUUUCCUACAUGAAUACAUUUCUCAGCCACUAAAAAAAUGAAGUUUAAUCGAAUGGGUGAAUAUGUGACCGCAAGGUGAUGAUGGACCCCACAUCGUAAUGUCCCGUAAUUCUUGGAUCGACAAUACUCAGGAAAAUUGUUGGGGAGUGGAGAUUCUAUUUUGUGGUCACCGAGAACAUGCGAGUUACCUCCCUUUGAUGUUUAUAUUGAAUUCAUAAAACACAGGGUAUACCCCUUAAAGCCGACCACUAAGAUGGAUAUAAAAAAUAGGAUUUGAGAUGUUUGAUGCGCCAUUUAUAUUAUUAAAAGUCUGACUUAAUCUCCAUAAACGAAUAAAUAUUUGUACUUAACAGCAAGGCCACCUAUUUGAACACUUAUUAAGGUCUUACAUAAGUUAAAAGUUUAACUGGUAGUAUGAUUUCCGAAUAAAAACUUAAAGCUUAAAACUUAAUAGUUUUAUUAUAAAAAUAAUUUGGAAAAAAUGAAAUUUCUCAAUAAAUAUUGAAGAUGUAUCUAUCAAAAAUGUUUUAAAUCAUGUAUAUUAUACAACAAUGAUUUUGGGUGCUGCUUCUGUAUUUCUAAUUUUCCGCCUUUAUCAAGAAGGUAUCUAAUACAAUUUGCAUUUCCCUUUUGCACUCUGUAAGAAGUGGAAAAGGCAUUUAUUACACCCCUUCGUAAUGGCACUCCUGUCAAAAUUUGAGUCAUUUUCGAUAAGUUGAUUCAUAGUUUCUGUUAUUGUAGUCAAACUGGUUUUUAGAAACGCUGUUGAAAGUUCUUUUUGCUCCUCUUCAGAGUAAUGACUUUCAAUAUUUUUGUGUGCUUCCGCUAAUUACUUGGGCUCAUCGCAGCUCAGAAAGACUUGAUGUUGUUUCUUGCAGUACUUCUUCGAUAUGUACCUCAUCUAAACUGGUUUGUUUCGCUAAUUACCGUUAAAUCUGGCCAAAUGUUACUUCUUUCAAACAUUUUUUUGUUGUCUUAUUUCUCGAAAGGUUUUUGUUUUCCACCGCAUUCACGAUAUUGUAGUUUUCCCAAAACUCACUUAUUGAUUUGAUGUAACGCAUUGAUCCAUUGUCUGAAUUAAGGCAGUUGUGUUUGGCUUCGACCUAAAUGCAAAUUGGGUAAAUUGCUUGGAUGGAAAUAAGUGUUCUUAAUUUAAAUUUUUUAAUGUCGCUAUAGCGUUUAAGCCAACCAAUUCUGGAAAAUUUUCGUAAUCACCUAUAAUUGUUUGUUAGACUCAUAAAUUACAGGUAAAGUUGAUUUGGUUUUUGUAAUGGUAACUACUAGUUUUAAUUUGAAAUCUUGGCUUGCAUUGCACACCCAGAAGAAGUUUUAAGCCUUUUUUUUUCUUAACGGGAUAGUUUCCUCUUUCAAUUAUUGUUUUUAAUGUAGUGUAAUCUGUAUCUUAUUAAGAUUUAAAUCUAGUAAAUUAUCCUCGACUUGCAACGAAAGUUUCGCUUGUGUCACUUGUCUCAACCUGAAUGUAAUUAAAAAUUAUUCUUGCCUUUUCCAUUAUACUAGAUUGGCUUAAUGGCUCAUUGCGUUCAAUUUCGUCGUCAAUCCAGUUAGUGAUGAAACUAUUUUUUCUACAUUCUUAAGAAUAGUGCUUAUUGUUGUCCGGGCUUCUAAUCACUCCCAUUUUAGUUAUUAAUGAAUGGUUUUUGUUGCUUUAUGUUUGUGUUGGUUAUUGUUACCCAUUUUUUAAUCUUUUUUUUCUCAAAUAGACUACUACCACAGGCUACUGUAGUACUAUUUAUAAACAAUGAAGCGUUAAACCGAAACAGCAUGUAGUAGGGUUUUUACAGUAUUUUAUAUUUCAAAUUUUACCGUUAGAUUCGAAUAAUUCAAAAACCUAUUUUAUCUAACAAAAAGUUUUAUAGUAACACAUAAAAUCCACGAAAAAAUGAAAUAUAGGGUAUUCCACUUAAAACAAUUAUUUGCAUAAGGAAGAGUGACAAAGUUUGUGUACGGGUAAUUAUAUACAUAAAGAAAAACAUUAUGCAAAAGUGAGCAGCGCAUAUAGUUUACCAAACUUAUCGCAUACUAUAAAAUCACGAAAAUGUCCGAAGUGACUCGCUUCCAUGGGGAACAAAAUUGACGUGGUAAAAUAACACUUUCCGCACCCUAGAUCGGUGUAUAAUUGGGCCUUCGACAGAAGGGAGUAAAACAAUGUCAUUUAAGUCAUGAGUUUAUUUGACACGAACGGAACUCAGCGGAGCGAGUAUUUAAUAAACGGGUGACAUAAAAAAAUUGCCAAACAUGUUGCAUCCUAUACUUUUUCUGCGACCAUUAGUUGUUGAGUGCAUUUUUGAAAAAUAACACGAAUACAUUCACUGACAUGACCGUCUGAAUUGACAAACGGAAAAAUAUCUCCAAAAAUAUCCGAGUGCUCCCAAAGCCGUGUGGUAAUAUGUCGGAAAUGUCCGUAGUAACUCGGAUCCUUACAAAAUGAAACUGACAUGGUAAAAUGAUAUUUUCUGCACGCUAGAUCGGUGUAUAAUUGGGCAUUUUAGAGAAAGGAGUAGAAAAAGUAUAGUAUGCAUUACGUUUGGUAUAACUCAAAUGCCAUGUGCCACACUUAUAAACCGCGCAUUCACGGCACAAGGUGGUCAAUUCACAAAUUAUAAGCGACUGCACAGAGCCGGGUACAAUAGCCGCAUAGCAAGAAGAAACAAAAGACACCAUUGGAUUUUGCGAAAGAAUAUGCUACAAAACCUAGAUAGUUUUGGAAAAAUGUGAUUUGCACUGAAAAAACAAAAAUUAAUAUUUUUGGAUCUGGUGGCCGAACGAGAGUGUGAAGGAAAACGAAGACAGCACUUAAACUUGAGCAUCUGUGUCCAAUGAGUUCAGCAUCUGGUGUAGGAAAUUUUACUUUUAUGGAUGGUGUACUAUGGAUCGACAUGUUUACCUAUCCUAAGUCUAACAUUCAAAAAUUGGAACUAUAGGGGCGUUACAUAUUUCAACAUACUGAAACAUACGGCUAAACCGUUACAGGAAUGCAUUAAUACAUAAUAUUCCUGAGCAACUGCUUACCCCUCCUCAGUCACCAAAUCAAGCACCUGAAACCAGAAAACUUGUUCGUAGUAUACCGAUUCGACCCAGAGCUACAAUACAGGAUAACGGCUAUGGCACAAUAUUAAAUUUUUAAAAGAUAUUUUGCAAACACAAAUUAUUCGUUAUAACAAUUUGAAUGUGUGGAGACUUUGCUAUAAAUUUAUUCAUAAAUAAGUAAUAAAAUAUUUGUGCGUUAAUAAAGUGUCCGAGAUUUUGCUUAUUUAUUUAUUAAAGAACAAGUUAUACAAAAGAUCAAAAAUGAUACACACUGUGACCCAAAUUGGCUUUAAUUACAGGGUUUCUCAACCAGCAGAAAUAGGACUUUGCUGUUUUCGCGACCCUAUUUUUCGUGAAACUUUGAAUGCCACAAAUAUGAUUCCCUCCUUCCGAAUGCAUAAUUUGUACAGAAUGCUAAUUCUUGGAGCGUUCAUCAUUAUCAUAGUUUAAUUUUCCAAAGAUCUAAAUAAUUGCAUUUUAUAGCUGCCCCAUAGUAUUGCUAAAUUUUGCUUUUGACAAUGUAGCCUUUACAGAUCUCAAAGAAAGUAAACAUCUAUCUGCUGUUAGAUUAUUAAUUUCAUUAUUAUACGUUUUGGCCCUUUGUUUUGAAAAAAAAAAGAGUGGGGCCUUACUGGAAAUCAACAUCAAAAAUACUUUUGAAAAUAAUCCAAUUAAUGUAUUGCAAUAAAAAACUGUAAUUUAGUUAAUUUGGAUUUUCUUGUAAGGAAUAGUUGAAACUAGUCUACUUACCAUCUUUUUGUGAUAUUUUGUGGUUUCCUUUUAUAGGCCAGUUGUGUCUUUUUAUGAAAAGAUUUGCUUAUAAAUAAAUAAGUAAAUAAUACAAAAUUGAAUUGAAAACAUAUUUUUAAAAAGUAGGUAUCAUAAUAAUUUAAUCGCUUGGUGCUUACCUGUUAUAUGUGUAUGUGGUCUAUUAAAGUUUUCUAGUUAACAAUGGAAUAACUGUCGUUCUAACCGAAGUGAGAAUUUUAUUACUAAUAUUAUAAUGCGUUAAAUUAAGGUUAAGCCUUACUGUUCUAAAUACUCUUUUAUUAAAGAGCAAUUCCGUCUUUUUACUUUGUAAAGGCGUUAUAUCAGAAGGUAAGUUAGUAAGUAUGGAGGAACAAACAUAUUUUAUGUACAAAGUUUACUAUGGCCGCAGUUCCCCCAUUUUAUUUUUCUAUAAUUUUCAUUUAAUUCGUUAGUUUUUUUGUUUCUGGUGAUUUGGGGAUUGUGGCUUUAAAUAGGUAGUUUGUAUUGUUGCCAUAUGUUGCUAUGCUUUUAUGAACUGAAGUUGCGUUUGAUCUGACUAGAGUUCUAAUUUAUUUUUUAUAAAAUGCGUUCACGCCUAAUACACUGCUAUGAAAUCAAUUUUGAAAUUUAGUUUUGUUAAUAAUUGGUUAUACGUUGAAUAUAUAAAUUUUAUUUUUUAGGUGUAGUAACUAUGGUGCAUGUUAUUUAUCAUUUGAACGACGUCUUCCCCUUCUCAAUGUUCGUUUACCGCCUAAUCAAAAGUGCCGUUCACUCAAAACUAACUGAUUAACGCACAUUUUUAUCAAAAUAAAAAAGUUUUCACAUGCCAUUAUUACAAAUUGCACUUACUGGUGAGAUGUAUAAAAAAUACACCACUAUGAUAGUACAGCGAGGUCCGUGCAAGAUUAACCGAUCAAAGAAAUUGACCUACAAAAAAAAGUUUAAUACUAAUGACUAAAAUAUUAUUAUUAUAAUAUAUAUUAUUAUUAUAUUAUAUAUUAUUAUUAUAAUAUAUAUUAUUAUUAUUAUAUAUGUUAUUAUUAUAAUAUAUAUGACUUAUACUACUUAAGUAUAUGGUGUUUAUAUAUACAAUGUGUCUAGUUUUUCUCUGGCGUUUCAAGAUUCUAUCAUAGCGAAAGUUUUAAAUAUUUAAAAAAUCCUGUAUACAGCAUUUUAACGGACAAUAAGAGAAAGAUAUAAAAUAAAAUUUACUAAAGAGUUGAAUGGUAUUUUUCACAGCUUAAACACAAAAUGUUGUAAGUUUCAAAAUUCAUCACGUUUCAGAUUUUCACUCAAACAUUCGAAAUUUCAAAUAACAACAUGAAUGUUUUCACACGGGUCAACCUUUGGUGCAAAUGGUACCGUGGAGUCGAAUAAUGAAAAUCCACAGUUAGGAAUUGCGAACCACCGUCAAUACUUUACUUUGAUGCUUAAUUUCCUCUUAUGAUUUUAUAAUAUACUUUUUGGUAACACUUGUAACAAACAUUUUUAUUUGUACAUGCUGAGAACAUUUUUAUCAGACUAGUUGGAAGAAUUGCCUCUUCAGUAUUCCCAAAAUGUAUUUUCAGUAUGACGGGUCAUGGUGAGGCUGCAAUGGGUCUAUUUUAUGGCCGCCUAGAAGCUCCGAUUUGACAAUUUGCGAUGUUUCUUUGGAGGCAUCAACAACAAGUGACAGCAAAGACUUAUUGAAAAUGACCAAUAAGUUUUGAAGUAGAGAAUAUUAGAAGGAGUAGAGAAUCUAUUUCGCCAGAAGAAAUAAGCAGUUUUGAUAAAUUAGAGGUCAAUCAUAAAAAUGCAUCAUUAUUAUUUAAUAUAAAAUUGACUAUUUUCUGUAAGUCCUACGAGUCUGCCAUUUUGGAUUAUGAACAUUUUCUGUUCUAAAGUCGACAUUUUGGUUAUUUUGCAAUCCAUUAAUAUAGCUCAUAAUAAUAAUUAUUUUGGUUUGAAAUAGAAAUAUUGAAAUUUAUAAUUUUUGUUUGAAAAACUGCAACGUGAUGUAUAUAAAUUUUAGUUAGUUUAUGUCAUGAAAUCAAGAAAAACGUCUCUGGAUAGCAAAAGCAAGAGAAAUCCAUAAGUGUACCCACAUAUAAUAAUCGAUUUUCAUUUCAUCGGUGCAUGCUUGAUAAUCAACCCAACAACAAACAACAGAAUUUUGCACGAAAUGAUAACACUAGUAGCAAUCGCCUGUUUUCGAAUCUGUGGUGUUACGCCUGACUUUUAAACAUGUUUGACGCAAGUUAAGUAACAAGAUCUAUAUGUAAAAUCUAGUUUUAUUUAUUAUUGGAUGUUUGGCGCAUGUUACGAUUAAUAAACUAACGCUGCUUAAUAACAACUUUUGAAAUUUUGUUUGUCGCGUGUUAAAAGGAGUCUGUUUUGUAUUAUGUUAACGUUAAAUCGUUCGAUACUAAUUUUCUUGUUGUUGCAUGUGUGUAGGAAAGUCUCGGAAUGAGAUUCGAUUAGGAAGUUCGUUGCCCGAAUUGCACAGUCUCGCCCUGACCGCCCGUUUGGACUUCAAAAGUUGUACAUCUAUGAUACAAAACAGCCUAAUGGGUAUUUGCCAAAGAAAUUUAAAUUGUGUAAAUCGAUUGACGAUAGGAGGGAAAAAAUCCUGUGUUGACGCUAUAUUUCCGCUUAAUAUUAUUUUUCCGCAUAUUGGAGAAUUUCGGUUAUUUUUAUAUAUUUUAUAUGUAUGGAAUAGUCUGUCUGUAUAUUUUUAUUUUAUAGAAAUACAUUUUUUCUCUUU